AUGAUUGGUUACGUUCUUGAGAAUUUGUCAAAUAAAAAAUUAUUUUGUUUAUUAGCAGCAUUAUUUUUUCUUCAAUCCCCCGGUCCUUCUUCUUCUAUGGAAUUUUUGCUUAGUGCUUGUAAAGAUAGAGAUGCUGGUAAAACCAGUAAAUGGUUCUAUUUACGGCCAGAUAGAGGGAAUUGUGAAAUUAUUCAUGACUUGAGGCAUCAUAAUCCAACAACAGAAGAUGCUCGUGAUUUAGUAUUUGUGGCACAAAUGCCACAUAUGAGAGAUGGAAUACAAUUAGAAUACUCUCCUCUUUUUCAAUUUUUAUUGGGUUACUUAGAUGUUAAUUUUGAGUUUACACCAGAAACUAAACCUGUUGAAAAAUCUGUUUUAAUGGAAUUUGAAGUGAGAAUUGGUUAUAAAGAAAAGGGAGAGGAUAGUCCUGAAAAUUGGAAAGAAUUAUUACCUGUUCAGAGAAUAAGGAGAACUACAGAAUGCCUAAUUGAUGAAAAUCAACAUCCCGGUUUAUCUUUCAAUUGUUCACUUACAAUUCAUCAAAAUGGGGGGUUUACUGUUGUUUGGCUAUUUUUGAAAACAAUUUUAUUUCCUUUGGUUUUUGUAAUUCUUCGUUGGUAUUGGAAGAGAAUUAAAUCUUUGCCUAGAAAUGCUGUUUUAGUUGAAAAGGCAAUUGCUGUUUUGGGGGUUUCUUUGCUUAUACUUGAUUUUCCAAUAGAAUGGUUAUCUCUUUGGAUAAAUUUACCUGCUAUUUUAUUAAUUAGUGAUAUUAAACAAGGAUUAUUUUAUGCAAUUCUUUUUUCUUUUUGGUUAAUAUUUUGUGGAGAACAUUUAAUUGAUGAUCCAGCAAGAAAUAAUUUGUUCAAUUAUUGGCGUAAUUUGUCUCUAGUAUUAAUUUCUUGUUUUUCAUUACUUAUUUUUGAUAUUUGUGAAAGGGGCCGUCAAUUAUCUAAUCCAUUUCAUUCAAUAUGGUCAUCAGAAGAUGGUUAUCCAAAUAUUGCUUUUGUUUCUAUUUUUCUUGGAAUUUUAUCAAUUUUUAUUUAUUUUGUGUUUCUUUGUUUUAAAGUUUAUAAAGUUUGGAUUGGAAUUAGUGAAUCCCGUCGUUUUCGUGUAGAGAAUGUAAUUUAUCGUUUUAAAUUUUUGAUGAUUUUAACUAUUUUUUGUGCAUUUACAACAAUUUUUGCAUAUUUAAUGCAAAGACAAAAUGAAGAAAAUUUUAAUUUUUUUGAACCAGAAGAAUUUGAAUUAAUUGAAAAUAAAGAGGAGGGAGAAAAUAAUUAUUAUUUAAAUCAAACAUUUUUAAAAAAAUUAAUUUCAAUCUCAGCAAGUGCUUUUUUAAUUGGAAUUUUUGGACAGUGGAAUUUAUAUGUUUUGUUAUUAUUAGCUUUAUAUGCACCUUCACAUAAACAUUUUAAUAAUUUAAAUUUACAAGGUACUUUAAUAUUUAAAAUAAAUAUUCUUAACUAUUAUGGGUAA